GUUUAGACAGUUGCUCUGAAUAUCAUAGGACAAGAUGAUGAUUAAAAGGGUUCCAGUGAUCAGAAGGUGGUUUGCUACUUCAGCAGCUGAUGUAGCCAAACAACAACAAUUCAAUGUUUUUGAUAGAAGUGCAAAAUUGAAACAAAGAUCGAAAUCACCAAAACUCGACUUAGAAAAGUCUAGAAAAGUUGAAUAUCUAAGAGACGAGGUAGCCAUUAGAACCAUCGAAAGGUUAGCAUUUAUUACCCGAGAUUUCAAUAAAGUAUUAGAUUUUGGAGCACAUCUGGGUAAUUUAUUGAAAAAUUUAUGUGAGGAUUCACCAGUUCCACCAGGAGGUGAUGAAGCAGAUGUAAAAAUCACCGAACAGUUGAAUAAAGAUAAAAAGACGAUAAGGUCCAAGAUUAAGGAAUAUAUAAUGGUUGAUUCAUCAAAAGAGAUGCUAGAAAGAGAUUCCAAUGAAACAUUUAAUGAAGUGUUCGAGGGUAAAAUAAUUCGUAAUGUAGCUGAUGAAGAAACUUUUGAUCAUGAAUGCUUAAAAGAAAGCGAUCAAUUUGAUGCAGUCAUUUCUAAUUUAUCAAUGCAUUGGAUCAAUGAUUUACCAAAUGCCUUAGCCAAUAUUAAUCGAGUUUUAAAACCAGAUGGUUUAUUCAUGGGGACAUUAUUUGGAGGUGAUACCUUAUAUGAAUUGAGAACUUCUUUGCAACUAGCAGAACUCGAAAGGAAAGGAGGUAUGUCUCCUCGUGUAUCACCUUUGGUUCACUUAAAUGAUGUUGGGUCCUUACUUAAUAGGGCUGGUUUCAGCAUGUUAACAAUCGAUGCUGAAGAUAUAGUCGUGGGUGGAUUCCCCGAUGUGGUUUCCGUGUGUGAAGAUUUACAAAUGAUGGGUGAACAGAAUGCCGUCUUAUCCAGAUCAAAUUUCUUACCAAGAGAUGUUUUAUUGGCUGCAAAUGAAAUCUAUAAAACCUUACACGGUGAAACAGACGAAAAUGGUGUCAUUAGUCUACCAGCUACUUUCAAUGUCAUAUUCAUGAUCGGCUGGAAGAAGUCAGACACCCAACCUCAACCAUUAGAAAGAGGUUCUGCUCAAGUUAAUUUGAAAGACAUCUUAUAGGCUAGCGUCAUGUAUAUAUUAUAUAAGUCGGGU